AUGAGCACGGCAAAGGUCCUCCGGAACGCGGAGAACGAGGACGCGCGACCUGACGUCGCCAACGUGGGCAAGCCAGCCAAGGAGGAGGAGAGGAGUAUCAAGGCCAAGUACUUGCAGCUGAGGAGCGAGCCGAGGACGGUGGUGAGAAGGAGCCCCAUCCACAACCUCGGGUUGUUCGCUACGAGGAGGAUCGACCGCAACGACAUGGUGAUCGAGUACGUCGGGGAGCUGAUCCGACCCAUCGUAGGCGACAUUCGAGACGACCUGGCGCUGGAGAAGGGAAAGAGCACGUACAUGUUUCGGCUCGACGACAACUACAUCGUCGACGCCAUGUUCGCGGGCAACGCGUCGCGCUUCAUCAACCACUGCUGCGACCCCAACUGCUACUGCCAGGUGGUGACUGUGGAUGGAGUGAAGCAUAUCGUGCUGUUUGCCAUGCGGGACAUAGAGGCGGACGAGGAGAUCACCUACGACUACAAGCUCCCGAUCGAAGAGGUCAAGGUCAUCUGCCAUUGCGGUUCCGCCAAGUGCCGCGGAUACAUGAACUAA